AUGCUAGAGGAGUACACCAAGACACAGACGACGUUCGAUCAGUACGCCGCCGAGCUGCAGUCGGGCCACCUGCGCUGGUCCCCACCCCACCGCAAUCCCACCUUCUGGAAAGACAACGCCCGCCGCAUCCUCGACGACUCCAACGCCGCGCUACCGAAGAAGCUUGCCGAGAUCAUCUCCAAGAGCUGGGACAAUGACAAGCAGGUGCUGGCGAUCGCCUGUAACGACGUGGGACACCUGGUGAAGGAACUGCCCGAGCGACGGAACCAGCUGGAGCGAUUGGGGUUGAAGGCGCGUGUGAUGGAGCUGAUGGCGGACAAGGACGAGACGGUCAGAUGGGAGAGUCUGCGGGCAGUGGGCGAGUGGCUUCGGUAUACAUUUGACGACUGA